AUGGCAGCAUCUUCGAUCCAGAACCUUUGGUCCUCAGUUGUGGCAAGCUUGGAUGACGAAGCACAACACCAGCAACAGGCACAAAAAAACCACCAGCCAUAUCAGGGCGACGUGGAGCACGACGCGGCAUUAGCACAUCAGCUCCAACAAGAAGAACGAGACGCUCAAUACGCACGACACAUUGAGCAGCAUGAACAGGACGCGUCCCUUCCAGAGGCCAUUCCUGUCGUUCCUGUCAGCCCAAUUACGGUUCCAAUAGCACCGCCCCCAACCGGCAUCAUCAUCAUCCCCGUACAUGCACCAGCAACCAUGAGUGGCGACGACCACCAUACUAAAGAUAGUCGCUGCAACCAGUGUCUCCGUAUCACCACUCACUUGACUUUGUGGGUGGCGAUUGUGCCUGCGGCGGCACUUGGCGCAUACGUUGCGGUUGCGAUAGUUUUGUUGUUGACGGGAGUUUGGGGGAUCUGA